CAUAAAUUUGUGUAACAUCUCAACAAAAAUUAAAAAGGGUGGAACUCCACCUUCACUAUAUCCUCUCACAUUACUUUACUCUCUCCCUAUAUUUCUUUCUCACAACUCCACCAUUCAACCACCGUAAAUGGCAACACCAUCAUCACCGGAGCUAAACCUCCACAAUCUCAAAGCCAUUAAGGUGUUAGGCAACGGAGCCAUGGGUACAGUCUUCCUUGUUUACAAUCACCUGACUGACCCAACUGCCCUUUUCCCCUUUGCCCUCAAAGUUGUUGAAAAAUCAUGCCCCAAUGCUAAACCGGACGCUGACCGCCGUGCGCGGUGGGAAAUGUCCGUUUUAGAAAAACUUAACCAAAAUCCACACCCAUUUCUUCCGUCUUUAAUUGGGUGUUUUGAGACGGAAGAAAUGAUCGCUUGGGCAAUUCCGUUUUGCCCGGGCGGGGACUUAAAUGUCCUAAGGUAUAAUCAAAUGGACCGGGUUUUUUCAUCUUCGGUCAUCCGGUUUUAUUUGGCGGAAAUCGUGUGUGCGUUGGAACACCUUCAUAACAUGGGGAUAGUGUACCGUGACUUAAAACCUGAAAACAUUUUAAUCCAACAUUCGGGUCACGUGACUCUCACGGACUUCGAUUUGUCACGUACUCUCGCCCCUAAAUCCUUACAAUCCUUAAUUCUAUCUUGCGAUGAAAUUGAGUUCCAACCCGAAAUGACGAAACACAACGUCAACCCGAACCCAAAACAGAACGAGAAGCUUACACGUGUGUUAACGGGCAUCACACGCGAAAAACAUCAUGUUAAAUUGAAAAAAGCGAAAAGCGCACGUGUGUCACCAAUGACACGUAGAAAUAUCAGUUUUUCCAAAGGGGAACGCUCGAAUUCCUUCGUGGGAACAGAGGAAUAUAUCGCGCCCGAGGUCGUCCGUGGGAACGGGCACGAUUUUGUGAUAGAUUGGUGGGCGUUGGGGGUUUUGUCUUACGAAAUGUUGUACGGUUCGACUCCGUUUCGUGGCAAAAACCGAAAGGAAACAUUUGGGAGAAUACUAAUGAUGCAGCCUAAGUUCAAUGGAAAGCCAACGGAAUUAACGGACUUAAUUGGCAAGUUACUUGAAAAAGACCCCACGCUCCGAUUAGGGUGUAACAGAGGCGCGUGUGAAAUUAAAGAGCAUCCGUUUUUUUCGGGGGUGAGGUGGGAUUUAUUAACAGAAGUCUUGCGUCCGCCGUUCCUUCCGUCAAAAGACGACGUUGGGUUAACGGUGGAUACGGUUGGGAAUGGGAUAAACAUCACGGAUUAUUUUCUUAAGCUUAGGGAGCUACCGUCACCGUUAGAUUCUCCGUCAAGAGAUGAGUGUGGGUAUAACGUUUCAUUAACGGAAUUUUGAAUCACGUGUUGAAUAUUUCGUUGUUUUUAGCUAGGAGUAUUUUGACUGUUUGUAUAGAUAUGGAAAAUAACGGUAUACGGAUACUAGUGGUAGGUUGUUUGAUGUAAAAAAACUUUUAGAGGGAAUUAUGAAACGCGUCCAUGGCGGCGCGUGCAUGUAGCUAGGAUGGUAUCAUACUAUCAUCGUUGUGUGGCAUAAUGGGCUCGGCAAAUGUAGGCUUAGAUUAAGGCUUUCUUUUAACUACAAAUUUAUUAGUAGGUGUUGUCAGUUGUGAGACAUAAUUUCCAAUAAUUCAAAAUAAAUUUACACUUUUGUAUCA